AUGUCCACAUAUAACAACUACCCCUCUUACGACUCCAACCUCACAAUCACCCACACCUGGACAACCAACUACCUCCCCUAUCAAACACUCGAAACCCGAAUCCAUCACGAUUUCAUCAAACUAAUCUCCCUAACCAAUGACGGAUAUCCCAUUUCUGAUCCCACCACCGACACUUCUAUGCUAUUUGAAGAACUAAGCGGGAUAUUACGCAGAUUACGAGCCUCCAGCAUGUCCAAUAACAAACAACACGAACAGAGUAUCAUAAACUAUUUCACCAAUCAUGGAUUUGAAAGCCUCAUAACUGAGUUGAUAUGUCCCAUGAUUGAGGACAUGAAGGAGGUUGAGCGGGAUUGGAAGAGGUUAAUUGGGGUGAUUGAGGUCAUUUAUGAAUCUUCGACGGGGUUGGGGGUUGAGGUUUGUCCAAGGGCAACUGUGGAGUUGUUGAAGGUUUUUGCCGGCGUCAAGAUGAAACUGUUUGAGAAUGAUAGUACUAAUGUUGUUGUUGAUGAUGAUGAUGAUGAUGAUGAUGAUGAUGGUUGGAAUGUGUAUGGUGGUGGAAAUGGAGAUCUCCCCUAUUUGAGGAAGUUUUCAGAUUCAAUAGUGUUAUCCAAAGUCAAACGAACGAAUACUGACAAAGAUGAAGAGAAGAUGAUUGUUGGGAGUAGUAGUGGGUCGGGUCAUAUAGGCUAUAAAUAUGCCAAUAAUGCAAUUAGAAUAAUCUUGACUCGUGCAGACCCGUCACCUCAAUUAUUCGAAUUGGUAGAAACUUGGCUAUGUCAAGCUCCAACCAGAAGCGAAGUUGGGAAUUGUGUUUUGUAUUUCUCAGAUCUAUCCAUCAACCUCAAGAAAUCGAUCGAGACCCAGGGUCCAUUAGAUGAAGAAGCUAAUUCGCUGAUUAAGGAAUCUUACUUGUUUUUCAUUAAAACAAUUAGGGAUUGUUCAUUUAAAGUACUUCAAUGGUUUUCGUAUAAACAAAUCAAGAAAGAUUAUUGUGAGAUUUUUGGGGGACUAGUUGAUGAUCUGGAGGUUAUGCAGACUACUGUUAUUCAUAAUUCUGAUUUUAACGUCUAUAAAGAAGGGGAUGAUCCUAGUAAGAAUAAUUAUAGAUAUCAUUUACCCGAAUCAAAACAAGAAGAAGAUAUUCCGAAAUGGAUAAAGAAGAUGGGGUUUAAUGAAGAUGAUGCUUUAGAUACAACUAAUGAGUUUGAAGAUGAAAGAGAAAGUUUUUCUAGAUAUCCCUCCGAGACUCCAUUGCUUGGUGAGACUGUUAGUAUGGAAGAGGAUAUUCCUUGUAUUGAGAUGAAGAAUUCAAAGUUUAGAAAUCCACUUAAAGAAUUAUUCAAACGAAGAAACGAAGAGCAUCACCAUCAUCAUCACAAUUGGAAGUUUUGGAAGCGUCACCGCAAUUAG